UCAAAAAUGUUAUUUUAUUUAUGGUUGAUGGGUCGAUAAAGAGAAGGUGAAGGUGAAGUGAAGCGUAGGGUUUAAUUCUUUUGUGCUUAACGUCGCAUUUUCAAUUUUCGUUAAAAAUCGAAGCAUAUGUAUGUUCGAAAGUUCAUAGAUUAAUUCUACUAACAUUGUGAAUAUUGUUGAAAAGUCUCAAAAUGAGUUUCGUAGAUUUAGCUACCAUAGCGUUACAUCGCCGAAAUGAAAUGGAAGCCAGGAUUAAGGUGUUUUCCGAAAAAUGUGAUCAUGCGAUCACUGAUAUAAAUAAACUAAAAACACAGGCAAAGAAUUUUGUCCACCAGUUAAACUGCGACCCUGCAGAUUUAAAAGAAAGAUUCUUAAACUGCAUGAAAAACCUUGAUGAAUUUACAUAUUUAAUAACAGAUUUCAAUUUAGCCCUGAGUAAAUUGGGGUCAAACACAAGUAUUGAGCUAACUCCUGUUCAAGAUACAUCCAUUACUGCUUUACCAGCAAGACCAUCCAGAAUUUGUACUCCGUACAAUCUUAUUGAUGUGUUGACGGAGCCAACACCUUCAACAUCAAAUGCAUGUCCCAAUCAGUGCCCAACUGAGAAGCCGUUACGUAGAAAACUAUCACAGCAAGAUCAAGUUCUCAUUGCAUUCUCUAGUCCUAGCCCUUCUAGUUCUUCUGGAAGCAUAAAUGUCAGGAAAGAAACUACAGAAAAGGAGGUACAAUGUGAACUUGUAGAAGAACUAAAGAAUACUGCUGAUGGUGCCCCUUCACCAUUUAAGUGUUUCAAUUUGCCAGCACAGACUAUACUGACAACAGAUCAAGAAUAUCCUGCAAAAAUAUUGAGCGUUGAUGGGGUUUCAUUCUGGGUUACCACAGAUAACUAUAACGAACUCUAUAACUUGUUAAUUGAAAUGAGUGAAUAUUAUAAGACAAACUUCAUUGAGUUAAAUCCAUGUGAUGUGAGAACACUAACAUACUGCGCUUGCUAUGACCACAAGCGAGACAAGUUCUUCCGAGGACUCUUCAUCAGACUUAAUGAGGAGUCUAAUGCGAAUUACGUGGAAGUAUUCCUGGUGGAUACCGGCGAGGUCCUCGUAUCCUCACUGGUGAAUGUGCAGCCGCUGCCCCAGAAGUUCUGCAAAUACCCACCAUUUGCACGUUGCUGCUAUCUUGCUGGGAUUGAAUUCUUGGUUUGUAAUGACAAGGACUACAUAGAUAAGUUGGAAAGCGUACUCAAGCAGUUUAUCAACAAACAUUGCAUCAUUAUUGUUGAUGACAAUUCAUCGGAGGCACUGGGUGUGUUUGUGAGGAUGUUGCCUUCGGGCACUUUCCUCAAUAAUCUUCUGAUCGAUCAAGGAUUGGCUUACGAAAUAGUAGAGGAGAAGUCAUCGUCAGAGGUGAAGAUAGAGAGAGGUCCCCCGGAGCUGGUGGACCCGGAGUGUGACAUCAAUGACUGCCCAGAGUUUGAAGACCCAGUUGAAGCUGUCACGGGUUACCACAACCGGGAUGAAGCAGACAUCUGCAAGCAUUACAAGGGUGGUCCGGAGAAGACUUGCUUCAAAGGAGCCCGCUGCACAAAGAAACACAUUCUUAAACAUCCCGAGGGAUGGACGCUGGACCGCGUGGCUGUAGCUGGCAAGUGCUUGCCGCUGCCACUUCCAGCACCGGGCGCCUGGCUCCAGGUCUAUGUGUGUCACGUGGUGCACUACGACCGAUUCUACGUUCAGUUACCGCAGGAAACACGGAAAGUGGAGGCGUCAAGUUUCGGCGUGGUGCUGCCGCCGAGCACGCUGGAGGCGCUCGUCCGCGACAUGAACAGCCCCGCAUCACGCAUGGCUUACAAACCUCUCAAGAUGGCGCCAGCGCUGGGUGAGCUGGUGGCUGCACUGUACCCGGCAGACGAGAAGUGGUACCGCGCCCGCGUCGUCUCCUCCACAAGAGUGGACCAGAACAUUGAAGUGGUGUACAUUGACUACGGUAAUACAGCGUGGGUCCUGGAAGACGGCGUGCGGCAGCUGGCUGCGCGGCACUGGGCGCUACCGGCGCAGGCUGUGCCGUGCGCGCUGGCCGGCGUGCGCGCGCGCACACAGCUCAGCCGCGACUGGGCAGACGCACGCGCACUACUCAGCGCACUCAUCGCGGAUAAAACUAUCUCAGCGCGCGUUAUUUCUCGGGACUAUGACGGCAUGACUCUAGAGCUGUUCGACAAUGAGGGCGAAAGUAUUGCGGAGCGGCUCGCCGAGAGCAAGCUGGUUGAAGUCACAGAAUACGCCAUUAGCGACGACAGCGCCGCCCAGCAGCGUGUCGUUGUCCCGUAAACCACACUGCAUGCCAUAGACAAGAUGACAUUAUAGGCCCUUACAUUAUCUGUAGUACAACCAUAGACAAGAUAUUAGUGUCGCUCUUUCUAUGGAUUUCGAUUGUAGAGACAGAUAUUACCAUUCCUCGAAUUCUCUUUGAAAAGC